UACAGAUUAUUUCCCACACAGAUUUUUCCGCCUUUACUUUCUUUCGUCUUUGACAUUUGUCUUUGUUGAAUAUUUUCCGUGAGGUUUUUUCCGGAACUCAGGUCCGACGAAGCAUCAGGCGACUCGUGUCCUUUACAUCACUUGUUGUAGUGGAAACGUUGAAAUGUCCAGAGCAGCUGCCAUGUCCAUGUCCUCUGUGUCCUGGACCGUGUCCUGGACUGUGUCUCUGCUGCUGCUGCUCAUCAGACUGAUGGGUGUGAAGAUGGUGCCGGACAUCGUCUGUAAACAUCUGUCCUCACAGAACAUCAGGAGCCUCCAUCAGGAUGGAGACGUGAUCAUUGGUGGACUUUUAAAUGUCCAUUACAUUCCUUCAUCUCUGACGCAGGACUUCACCAAAGAGCCACAUUAUCAACCUUGCACUGGACUGGAUCUGGAGUCCGUGAAACACAUGUAUGCGAUGGCUUUUGCGGCGGAGGAGGUGAAUGCGAACGAGGAGCUGCUGCCUGGAGUGAAGCUGGGUUAUCGCAUCGUUGACAGCUGUGGUCGAUAUCCAUGGGGUCUGCAAGCUGCACUGUCUCUCAUCACAGGAAACGCAGACACCUGCAACAUCACAGCUUCCUCUGGAGCCUCUGAUCCUGCUGCACAAACAAGUUUGCAGCCUGUUCCUUUGCUGAUCGGUGCUUCGUCGUCAACGACAGGCAUCAUGUUGUCCAGGAUUCUCGGGCCUCUCUCUGUUCCAGUUAUCAGUUAUCUGGCCAGCUGCCCGUGUCUCAGCGACAGAACCAAGUUUCCUAAUUUCUUCAGAACCAUUCCCAGUGACAUUUAUCAGGCUCGUGCGAUCGCUCGACUCGCCGUUCGUUUCCGCUGGACGUGGGUCGGCGCCGUGAUCGCAAACACCGACUAUGGACAUUUGGCCAUACAGGAGUUUCAGGAGGAGAUUCGGGGGAAGGGAGUGUGUGUGGAAUUCAUCGAGACUGUUUACAGAUCAACGAUCGACAGAGACUCCAGGCGAGCUGCUCUCAAAAUUCAAGCGUCUACAGCGAGAGUGAUUCUGGUCUUCUGCUGGUACACCGACGUCCAUCAGCUCUUCCUGCAACUGACAAAACUCAAUGUGACGGACAGACAGUUUCUGGCCAGUGAAGCCUGGAGCACCAGUGAUGUUCUCCUCAAAGACCCUGACGUCUCAGCGAUGGCGGCUGGUGUUGUUGGCGUCGCCAUUCGAAGUUCACAAAUGCCAGGAUUUGAAAACUAUCUCCGAAAUUUGCACCCAGCCCGUCGUCCUGACGAUGACUUCUUAAUAGAAUUCUGGGAAAAGGAAUUUGGCUGCCGUGUCCGGGACACAGCGUCUUCAUAUUUCAGUGCUUCUUCUUCAUCACCUACCAAAGACUCAGCUCAGAAAGUUUCUCCACCACGUUGCAGUGGCACAGAAUCCCUACAGGGGGCACUGCAUCCCUUCACUGACACCUCUCAGCUCAGAGUGGCUUAUAACAUCUACCUGUCUGUUUACGCUGCAGCUCAUGCUCUUCACAGCCUCCUCUCCUGCUCCUCCAACAUCUCAACAUGUUCCUCUCCAGAGAACAUCAGACCAGAGGAGUUGUUGCAGCACCUGAACAAUGUGAACUUCACCUCACCACAAGGGGAGAUGUUUUAUUUUGAAGGAGCUGACACUCCAGCAAAGUAUGACCUGGUGAACUGGCAGAGAACUGCAGGUGGCUCGAAACUGAAACUGGUUUUGAUUGGUCAUGUGGAUGGAUUUGAUCUCCACCUCGACGAAUCAGCUGUUCAGUGGAGAACAGGAUCCAGUCAGGUGCCUGUUUCAGUUUGCAGUGAGAGCUGUCGUCCAGGAACCAGAGUGGCCACCAGGAAAGGAGAACCAGUCUGCUGCUUUGACUGUCUCCCAUGUACUGAGGGAGAAAUAAGCAACAUAUCUGGUUCUCCUCACUGUGAACCUUGUCCAUCUGAGUUCUGGUCCAAUGCUGACAGAACCGCCUGUGUCCCUCUACAGUUGGACUUCCUGUCCUUCAAUGAAACGUUGGGUAUCACUCUGACGACAGCAGCAGUGACUGGUGCCACGGUGACAACGGCCGUGUUACUGGUUUUUCUUUACUACCAUCAAACACCCAUGGUUCGAGCCAACAACUCUGAGCUGAGCUUCCUGCUUCUUCUCUCUCUGAAGCUCUGCUUCCUCUGCUCCCUGCUCUUCAUCGGCCGGCCGUCAGUCUGGUCUUGUCGUUUCCAGCAGGCAGCGUUUGGCAUCAGCUUUGUUCUUUGUGUUUCGUGCCUUCUGGUCAAAACCAUGGUGGUUCUGGCCGUUUUCCGCUCGGCUCGUCCUGGAGCUGAAGCCUUGAUGAAGUGGUUUGGUCCAGGUCAGCAGAGAGGAAGUGUCUGCUUCUUCACCAGUAUACAGGUCAUCAUCUGUGCCGCGUGGCUCUCGCUCAGCCCGCCUGUGCCUCAACAUGACCUGGGUUUCCAGGGGUCAAAGGUGACGCUGCGGUGUGCCAUGGCCUCAGUACUGGGCUUCUCUCUGGUUCUGGGCUACAUUGGCCUUCUCGCCUGCUCCUGCCUCCUCUUGGCUUUUCUCGCUCGGAAACUCCCCGACAACUUCAACGAGGCCAAACUCAUCACCUUCAGCAUGUUGAUCUUCUGCGCUGUCUGGGUGGCGUUUGUUCCCGCCUACGUCAGCUCUCCUGGGAAAUACGUGGUUGCCGUGGAGAUUUUCGCGAUCCUCGCCUCCAGCUCUGGUUUGCUGCUCUGCAUUUUUGCCCCAAAAUGCUUCAUUAUUCUUUUAAGGCCUGAGAAAAACACAAAGAAACAACUGAUGACCAGAUAAGUUUGAGUUGAAUAAUGAUUUGAUUUAU